AUGCUGGAGUCCGGCAUGUCGGAGGCCGGCAGGAGGCGCGUGGACAUCCCGGACCUCGACGCCGCGACCGCCUCGCGCUUCCUCCGCUUCCUCUACACCGGAUCCAUCGAGGGCGGUUGCGAACUGAUCGCCAGCCCCGUGGGCAGGUGGCACUACGUCGACAGCUGCUUCUACGAGAUCGUUGCCGAGGGCGACACGCUCACGUGGAGCGAGACCACGGACGCGAAAGGCAGGAUACACGGCCAGCUCACCAAGUCCGGAACCAUGAGCUGGACCGCGCGGCUCUCCAACGGCGCGCUCAUCACCGUCUCGCUGCAGGACGGCAAGGCCCACGGCGAGUACAAGGAGGGCAACGUGGAGCCAGUGAAGACCGAGGCCUACAACCUCGAGGCGGAGGUGGCCGUGACGGAGAGCUGGGGCCGCCUGCUGCGGGCGGCGGACAAGUACUGCGUGGAGGACCUCGUGUCCCUGUGCGAGGAGGCCAUGCAGGCCCGCCUCCUCUGUUGCAACGCGGCCUCGAUCUUGCGCAUCGCGGACGACACGGGCAGGAAGGGGCUGAAGGCCGCCGCCCUCGGCUUCAUUACCGCGAACGAGGCCCAGAUGCGCGCGGUGCAGCAGACACGGGCGUUCGACGCGCUCGAUCGGGAGCUCGUGGCGGAGAUCUACGAGGUGUUCUUCAACCCCCCCGGCAAGUGGAAGCGCUCGCGGCCCGGGGAGGAGGCGCAGGAGUUCCCGCACGGCCAGGACUGGCCGCGGCUCUCCAACGCUCAGCUCCGUCAGGCCUGCGCCGAGCGCGACCUGCCCACCGGCGGAGACCGCGGCGCGCUGGUGGCGCUGCUGCGAGCGCAGGAGGAGGACCCGGGCGCCGCCAUCGCGGCGGCCAGCGCGGGGCCGAAUAGCCCCAGCAGGCUGGGGAGCCCGCCGCCGCGGCCGCCGCGCGCCACGCGCCCCGACGCCACGAUGCGGGCCGGAGGGGUGUCCCGGGCCCUCCUGGCGUGCCUGGCGGCAGCGCGGCACCGCGCCCUGGCGAAGGAGGUCGUCCCGCUGAAUGUGCCCGACUUCAAGGCCGAGAGGUGCGAGGCCAGCGUGAAGUCGCCGCCGGUGUCCGGCUCCUUCGUGCAGUUGCCCCUGUGGGAUGCUGCUGACGGACUCGGGGGGCAGACGAACGGCACGGGCCAGACAGGCUGGGACUUCCUCGUCAAGACGGGCGACUCCACAUGCCGCCAUGGACUGUGGCCGCGAGAGAACGCCAUGGAUUGCCUGAAGGGCACCUGGACGAUGCUCGUCGGAGCGUCCUCGGCCAACAUCUGGAUGAACCAGCUAGGAGCUCCGCC